AAAGGCCCUGCAUCACCUCUGGCGUCACUCAGCUAAAUCCCCGAGUCGCGCUGGAUGAUAUAAUUGUUCCAGAAUUCGUACCUAAUUUACCGAAUCUACGACACAGUACCUUCAUCGUUACCUAGAGUAAACUUUUGUUACAAAUUAGUGUCCGCAUAAAUUCGUCCCGUGUCACCUUGAAGUGUUUUCUGGUGAGUUUACCUUAGCUUAGCUUGCUAGCAGCUAACAAAAAGCCACGCUUGACGGCGCCACGCCGCUGAGCGGAGAUCAAGUGUGAGUGUAAAUUGUCGUGAUUAUCGUGUGAAAAUGUGCGCACAAAGCGUGAAAGACGAGUACAAAGAGGACGUUUGUCGUGCAAAAGAGGACAACGGGGGACUACUUCUGUUACUCGAGGCUAUUUUCAAGCAGCAUCAUGACGACGCGUUCCACAACGGAGCAGACAACGGUGACCAAGAUCUUCAUCCUGAGCAUCUGGAGCUGGAGCCUCCUAGAAGUGGAGAGAAGGCGCAAGAGGCUGACAACGUAAGCUUUCCAUUGACUGUCACAACGAUUGAAGAUGACGAGGCUGACGGAGAGAGCCGCGGAGGCUCACGAGUGGACGGCGUCUCCUCUCCGCUAUCAGAUAGUGACGCUGUGACAACACCCUCUGCUCAGACCGAUGAGGAAGAGGCUGAGGAUGAAGAAGAACACUCAGAAGGUGGCAAAAAACGUGUGAAAUGUUCUCAGUGUGGCAACACCUUUUCCAACAAGUCAUCGUUAACCAGACACACCAGAAUACACACAGGAGAAAAACCUUUUCCCUGCCCAGUUUGCGGUAAAAGAUUCUCUAUCAAGGGUCAUUUAAUAACGCACACAAGAACCCACACCGGGGAAAAACCUUUUGCCUGUUCAGUUUGUGACAAAAGAUUCUCGACGAAGGGACAUGUAAGAACACACACAAGAACACACACUGGAGAGAAAAGUUUUGCCUGCUCAAUCUGUGAUCUGCGAGUAAAUCAAAAGAUUCACUUAAUCACUCACAUGAGAACCCACACGGGGGAGAAGCCUUUUGCCUGUUCGUUUUGUGAGAAAAGAUUCUCUGUGAAGGGAAGCUUAAUUCGGCACAUAAGAACGCACACUGGCGAGAAACCUUUUGCCUGCUCAGUCUGCACGGCGCGUUUCAGUGAUCGCUCUGCACUGGUGCAACACAUGAGAAGACACACCAGGGAGAGACGCUUUGCCUGCGCAGUAUGCGGUCUCGGAUUCACUCAAAAGAGGAGCUUCAGAAGUCACAUGAGUACUCACAACGAACAUAAGCCUUUUGCCUGUUCGAUUUGUGAUAAAAGGUUUCCUCGGGGGGGAGAUUUAAGAACACACAAAAGAACACACACUGGGGAGAAGCCUUUUAAAUGUGCAGCAUGUGGCCUUGGAUUCACUCAAAAGAUUAGUUUAACAAAUCACAUGAGAACACACACUGGAGAGAAACCUUUUCCCUGCUUGGUUUGUGGGAAAGCAUUGUCGACAAAGGAUCAUUUGAAAACGCACACAAGAACACACACGGGAGAGAAACCUUUUGCCUGUUCAGUGUGCGAAAGAAGAUUCUCUGUAAAGGGACAAUUAAGCACACACAUGAGAACGCACACUGGUGAGAAGCCUUUUGCCUGCUCAGUCUGCACCUCAACGUUCAGUGAUCGCUCAGGAUUGAAUCAUCACUUGAAAAGACAUGCACGGGAGAAGCCGUUUUCUUGCUCUGCUUGUGACAAAAGAUUUCAUCUGAGAGGCUCUUUGACAGCGCACAUGAAAAAGCACACCGGUGAGAAGCCGUUCAGUCGUGGUGGGUGUGAUGAACAAUUGCCCCCAUAAGUAUCAGCUCAAGAAACACAAGUGCGCUGGCGAGGUGCGCGGCAGUCUGGGAAGCUAAAAAUAGAUCGGAAAGAAACUCUUGCUGGCAACCGGUAAAAAUGGAUAUGUGAGCUCAAAUAAAGGCCACUGAAACAGUGAAAGGGCUCGGUAUCUUUUGUUGGAGCAUUUCCAGCUUUUUACAAGUUUCUAUUCAAAGUCCUGACUUCAACUUAGUUGAGAUUCUGCAGCGUCCUCCUGGAGAAAGCCGUUGACACCGGGCUUCCCGGUAACUUGCUGAAAGGCAAAAGUUUUGAGAAAGAGGAGGGGUCCGAAACUCAAUGGCAUAGUUCUGACCUGCAACUACUGAGGUUAUUGCUGCCAAAAGGGCCAGGAGGAGUUACUAUAUUUUGUUCUUCUACUUUCUUCCUUUCAUAACUUUGCUGCUGUAAAUUGGGAAUUUCUCCUUUGUGAGACGAUUAAAGGUUUUCUGAUCUGAUCUCCUCCUCCUUGUCCCGUGAAUCUUUACCUGUUGUGCUUGCUCGAGAGAAAUAUGCAAAUGCACAAUUGUUUGCGGGGAUCAAUGAAAAUUGCUGGUUAUCACAUGGUAGUGUUUGCAUAUGGAGAAUAUGUGUAAGCGGUAAAAUAUUCCAGUGUUUUGAGGUCAUCUUUUUGACCAUGAAAAGGUGGGCGAUGACAAAGACCACAUAGAUCUCAUAUGCCUGCGGGCGAUGUGGCCAGUACAAAUAGGGAGAGCGGGGAGGUACUGUACUUCCAGAAUGGCAGGGUUACUUUGUCUGUGGAAGAAAUGUGUGUGUGUGUGUGUGUGUGUGUGUGUGUGUGUGUGUGUGUGUGUGUGUGUACUAACUCAAUAAUCUGUGAGUACAUGAACCAAUAUUGCACUGUGUAUACGGAAAACAAACUUAACUUCCUCAAGAACGCAUUUCAGUGCUUAUGUUUCUGUCGUGCUCCACAUGGGCUGGUGGGAAUCACAACAAUUGGGGUCCUCUGCUGGAAGGGUGCCCA